UUAUAUUAGUGCAGAACACUGUACCUUUAAUUUAAAUGCCCUUGGAGUCUGCUGGGGAAGAGAAAUAAUACUGACAGUCAGUAUGACAUGCAGAUGAGUGCCGUCGAUCUUAGAAUCACCGCACACUUCACUCAUUUGGGCAGUCACGGGGCCAAAACCAGAGUGUGGAGCCACAGUGUGGCGGUGGAGGCAGCAGCAAUGGGAGGCCAUACAGCACCCUAUGAAAAAAUGGAACACACCAGCAGUGUGAGGAGACCUGAAAGUGGCACAUGGCAGAGUGUGGCGAUGGAGACAGCAGCAAUGGGAGGCCGUACAGGGACCCAUGAGAGACUCUGGACCUGGCAGCAGCAUGAGGAGGCGGUACAGGGGCCCAUGGCAGAUUAGGGGCCUGGCAGCAGCUAUGGGAGGCCCGUAAUCUGCCAGCACCCUAUGACAAAAAAUGGAACACACCAGCAGUGUGAGGAGACCUGAAAGUGGCACAU